AUGGCAUCAAUCCCUGCGAGAGGUCUUCGAGGAUCCGAAGACUCGGGGACAACAAGUAAAAAUGUCUCGCCGCCGUUCUCUUCUCGUCCAUCACAAUCGUCGAUGUCCUCGGUCGAUGGGCCCAACCACGCUGCUAUCAUAGGCUAUGCCUGUCGCGUUGCUGGUGCAGAUCGUCCAAGUAAACUCUGGGACAACAUUGUCGAGCAGAGAGAUCUGCGGCAAAAGAUGCCCUCUAAUCGAUUUAAUAUUGAGAACUUCUACCAUCCUAAAGGAACAAACAAGGGAACGACGAAUGCCAAGCAUGGGUACUUUCUUGAUCAAGAUCUAGGGGUGUUUGACCGUAGCUUUUUCCGCAUUUCCGGCAAGGAAGCCGAGGCUAUGGACCCCCAGCAGCGCCUCCUUCUUGAAGUGGUGUAUGAGGCGCUCGAAGACGCCGGCCUUACUUUGGAUGAGAUAGAUGGAUCAAACACCUCGGUCCUGUGUGGCUCAUUUACAAAUGACUACAAUUCCAUGGUCACCAAGGAUUUGGAGUACUACCCCAAAUACACUGUCACGGGAACAGGAAAUGCAAUCCUCGCCAAUCGUGUGUCAUAUGCAUUCAACCUUAAAGGGAUGAGUCUCACAAUUGAUACUGCAUGCUCUUCCUCUCUGGUCUCUUUCCACCUCGGCGCCCAAGCCAUCCAGAAUGGAGAAUGUGACAUGUCCAUUAUUGUGGGCUCAGCGCUCCAUUUUGAUCCGAAUAUCUUCAUUACCAUGACAGACUUGGGCAUGCUGUCCGAAGAAGGACGCUGUCGGGCAUUUGAUGCCGAUGGCAAAGGUUACGCGCGAGGAGAUGGAAUAUGCGCCGUCAUCCUACGCGGACAGAACCAGGCGCAACUGCAUGAAGACCGGAUUCGCGCUGUUGUGAAAGCCACCGGCUCUAAUCACGAUGGAAUGACACAGGGGAUCACUCUGCCUUCCUCGGAAGCACAGGUGGCCCUGAUCCAACGAACUUAUCAAUCCUGCGGCUUAGAUCCCGCCGACACACAAUAUGUAGAAGCUCAUGGCACCGGCACCGCUCGUGGGGAUCCCCUGGAGAUGCGAGCCAUCGGUACGUGCUUUGCCUCCAAGCAGCGCAGUCAGCCCCUAUACGUUGGAUCUGUCAAGACCAAUAUAGGACAUGCUGAAGGAGCGUCUGGACUCGCCGGCCUGAUCAAAGCCACAAUUGCCCUCGAAAAAGGCAAAAUCCCACCAAAUAUGCAUUUCAAGAGACCGAACAAAGAAAUCGCUUUUGACGACUGGGGGAUUCAAGUGCCCACGGAUUUGAUCGAUUUCCCCACCAACAGUCAGGGUACAAAGAGAGUCAGUAUUAAUUCUUUUGGCUAUGGUGGUUCCAAUGCACAUGUGAUCCUCGAAGCAUAUGAUACAUUUCCCAACAAUAUCGACCAACCAGUCUCGAUGCUUCCAAAAGCCUUUGAGGCUGAUGUCAUUGGUCGUCCGUUCCUGGUGCCAUUAACCUCGCACUCGGAGAAAGCAGGGAAGGUGUGGACUGACAGCCUGACGGCUUAUCUGCAAGAAAAGCCGGAGACUCUCGUGUCCGAUUUGGCUUACAGUCUGAUCAAUCGUCGGACCCUUCAUGAAAAACGAUCCUUCGUCAUUGGAACAAGCGCAGGGGACGUCGCGAACAAGCUGGAAAACGUGCCCCCAUGGACAAGGGCCAAAAAAGAGCCGCUACGACUAGGAUUUGUUUUCACCGGCCAGGGUGCCCAAUGGCAUUCAAUGGGCCGCGAAUUGAUUGCCAAGGCUUUGAUAUUCAGGCAGACGUUGGAAAGAGCCGAUCGCGUUCUAUCCGGUCUACCGGAUGGUCCAAAUUGGUUGAUUGUGGAGGAGCUCUCCAGAACAAAAGAAGAGUCAAGGCUCGCAGAGACCGAGUUAUCUCAGCCUGUCUGCACAGCUGUGCAAUUGGCUCUUUUGGAGCUCCUAAAGAGUUGGGGGGUCGUUCCCACAGCAUGUGCUGGACAUUCGUCAGGGGAGGUAGCAAGUGCGUAUGCGGCAGGGAUUUUAUCUUUCGACAGCGCAAUGUGUGUGGCAUAUUAUCGCGGUCUGCACAUGUCAAAGAAAGCGCUACAGUCAGGAACGGAUGAAAUCUCAGGGGCGAUGUUAGCUGUGGGAUUAGGGGAAGCUGAAGCUGCCUUGGAGAUCAAGGCCUAUCCAGGUCGAGUGGUCAUCGCCGCAGUGAAUAGCCCAUCUAGUGUCACUCUGUCCGGAGACGAAGAUGCAAUCAUCGCUGUCAAUGAAGACUUGCAAGCACGAAAUGUUUUUGCCCGUCGCUUGCAGGUAAAACAGGCGUUCCACUCCCACCACAUGAGCCCCCUCGCGCCGGCGUACGAGAAAGCGCUAGUCGAAUGCCCUAAAUUUGCGGUAAAACCCUCUGAAACUCGAAUGUUCUCUAGUGUUACUGGCCGAGUGGCCAAAUCAGACAAAAUGGGACCAGAAUACUGGGCUGCCAACAUGACUGGCACUGUCCGAUUCUCUGAUGCCUUGAUCGGAAUCCUCCUCGACGAUAUGGAAAAUGAAAACCUCGAUGUCUUGAUCGAAAUUGGACCUCAUCCAGCACUUAAGGGCCCAUCUAAGCAGGUGAUGAAGAGCUUAAACAUGGACCUGCCGUACCUUGCAUCUUUGACCCGAGGAGCCCCAGACUUCGAGGGAAUGCUGGCUUUGGCUGGCCAGCUCUUUCAACUGGGCUACCCAGUCGACCUGUCAGCACUUAAUAGUGACAUUUAUCUUACCGAAAACAAUUUUGCACGUCAAGUAUUCUCUCCACAAAAGCUGUCCGACCUGCCAACGUAUGCAUGGGAUCAUUCCGAGCGGUUUUGGGCGGAGACCCGAAUCAUCCACGAGCAUCGGCUACGUCCCCAUCGGCAUUCAAUUUUGGGCGCCAUCAUGCCCGGCUCAAUUGAGAAACAUACUCGUUGGCGGAAUUACUUGAGGAUUCGAGAGUUACCCUGGCUUGGCGACCAUGUGGUGGAUGGGAAGGUCGUCUUUCCAGCAGCAGGUUAUAUGAGCCUUGCCAUUGAAGCUGCAAUCCGAGCGAAGGGAAUGGUCGGUGAUUUCAGUGGUCUAGCUCUACGCGACAUAUCGAUAAAAGCCGCGUUGGUUCUUGACGACUCUGAUAUGGGUACCGAGAUGAUCCUGGAUAUCCGCCCUCAAACCACUUCCGCCAAGUCUAAGUCCACUACAUGGCUUGAGUUCUCCAUUUUCUCAUAUGCCGCUGGUGGUGAGACUUGCACGGAGCACUGCACAGGUCUGGUUUCAGUUGGAGAUUAUGCGAGUGGCCAGAUGUCACGAGAGGAACAUGAACAACGACAGAAGCAAAGCACCUCAUGUUCCUCCGCGCGGGGCUUCUACCGUCAUUUGCAUGACCUUGGACUGCAGUACGGGGCAGGUUUCCAGCUCCUUACUGGGAAUAUAGAGUGUGGUUCUGGUUUCGCUUCCUCGACACUCACUUUCAAUCCUGAGCAAUAUGCAAGUCAACCUGCAGAUGUGACUGUUCUUCACCCGACCAUGUUAGAUGCCACAUUUCACACCAUAUUUGCUGCUCUCGAGGGUCUUGUGGGAAGGGACCUGGAUGUAGCCUUUGUGCCCACCUUCCUCCAAUCAUUGGACAUUUUGCCCGAGAUGAUACCGAUCAAGGAUGCCAAGGGGCCGCAGGAGGUAUGGGUGGCAUCAUCGGCUCAUUUCUCUGGCCCUCGAGCUGCAGUCAGUGACUUGGUAGUCUACAAUCAAGACACCGGUCGGGCAUUGGUGUCUGUCGCUGGCCUUCGGCUUACUUCAUUGAGUAAUGGGGACGAUGUCAAUGACCGCUCUUUAUUCUUCCGUACACGGUGGCAACCAGCCUUUGAUCAUCUGAUGACUUCGCCUUCACCAGCUCUGCACCAGGCAAGCCUAGAACACAUGCUCCAUCUCUUCGUGCAUCAGCACCCGAACACAAGGAUGCUCCAUUUCACCCCUGAUAUUAAGCAUACGAAGGAUAUUGUACACUUGCUGACUGAAAAGACCAACGAACGGCGAGUCUUCCAGUCUAUCACAGCCGUUGCAAGUAACACAUCAUUCGAUGAUCAAUUUCAAGAUGAGCUAGCGGUGUUGCAAAAAGAGUGGCCGGGUCUUGUUCUUUCUGAAGAACCAGAAGAGCAGAGUUUUGACUUGGUGCUUGUAAGCAAUGCCAGAGAUCAAGACGUUUUACCCUACAUCAAAGAUGACGGCUAUGUUCUCACCGACGGCUGCCGCAUUGAUCAUUCGAACUUGAAGAUGGUAUUCGAUGGGCAAAACUUCAAUGUGUGGCAGAAGAACACGGAGACUCUAUGCCACCAGAAACCAAUCCUCUUAUGUCUGGCACCCAAGCCAUCCCGCCGUACGCUAGAUCUGGUAUCGCAUAUCAAAGCUGGAAACAAGCAGCGGUCCAUCUCUUCUGUCUCGAUCACUGAGCUACCAAGCAAACUGAGCGAGAACUCCGACUUGGUCAUUUUGGCUAGCUUAGACCAAGAUCUAUUUGCGCAGAUGAACCAGGAGGAUGAGCUCGUUUUCAAUGCCACCAGGGAAGUGCUCACUCGCCCAGACAUGAAUGUCCUAUGGCUGCUUCACGGAGCCACCUCUAACGUGACCAGCCCUAUGGGUGCUUUGAUCAUCGGGUUGAGUCGGAGCGCGCGGUCCGAAAAUGACAGCUUGCGGCUGCUAACUUUGGAUCUUCCUGAUGAAUGGUCUCACGAGUCGGUUGUGCCGUUGAUUCCUCAACUUUUGGAUCCCGCAACCCAAGAAGAGGAGUUCUCUUUUAGGGAAAAUGUACUUUCCAUUCCUCGCGUUGUGAACGAUGACGGCCUUAAUUCAAUGGUUCCAGGAGGCGUGGCUUCAGGAGCCAAGGCCGAGCCUUUCAGUUCCGAACAUCCCAUCAGGCUUGCUAUUGACCAAGUUGGUUUACUGGAAACGCUUGUCUGGGAGGAAGAUCCUGAGAUUAUAAACGAGGAUCUCGCGGGAGAUGAUAUUGAAAUUGAUGUCCGCGCUUCCGCCAUAAACUUCCGAGACAUUGCUGCCGCUGUGGGUAUUAUCGAUGACUAUAUGUUAGGCGACGAGUGUGCUGGCAUUGUCCGGAAGGUGGGAAAAAAUGUCGAUCCUGCAGAUUUCCAGCCUGGAGAUCGUGUGGUGGCUCUGCGACCCGGGAGAGGAGCUCAUCGCUCCGUCGUCCGAAACCCUGCCUGCCACUGCUACCGGCUGGGUCAAAUUCCCUUCGAACAGGCAGCCGCCCUGCCUUUGAUUCUGACCACCGCUUACUACUCCCUUGUUGAUACCGCCAGACUACAACCAGGCGAAACUGUUUUGAUUCAUGCUGCAGCUGGAGGAGUCGGUCAGAUAGCAAUUCAGAUUGCGCAAAUGAUCGGUGCCAAUAUCAUCGCCACCGUUGGCUCUCCCGCAAAACGGGAUCUAUUGAAAUCUCAGUAUGGUCUGGCUGACGAGGCUAUUCUGAACUCUCGAGACGAUAGCUUUGUCGCUGGAGUGAUGAAGCUGACGGGCGGCAGGGGCGUGGAUGUGGUCCUGAACAGUCUGGCUGGGAAGCUUCUUCACGCGUCUUGGAACAGCUUAGCCACAUUUGGCCGCUUUGUCGAGAUUGGAAAACGUGACAUCCAUGAGAACUCGACUAUUGGGAUGGAGCCAUUUCGACGAAACGUUUCGUUUUCAUCAGUUGAUUUGGUAACCAUCUACAAACAGAAUCGUCAGUUAGGUGCCAGGCUGCUCAGCCACUGCUGCAAUCUAGUCCACGAAGGUAAGAUUAAAUUACCCGAGACUAUCUUCACACUUCCGUAUUCAGAGGCUGUGAAGGGGUUUAGAAUGUUGCAGAUGGGUCAGCACACUGGAAAAGUGGUUCUGGUGGCCAACAGUGACAAGGUCGAAGUUGCGGUCCGCCCGUCGACUUGGAAUACCUCAAAAAAUCAACUCAGCCCAGACAAGACAUACCUGAUCGUUGGUGGCUUGGGGGGUUUGGGACGCACCUUGGUUGAGUGGAUGAUGCAGCGACAAGCUAAAAGCCUCGCCAUCCUCUCGCGAUCUGGUGAAGAUCGUGAGGAGGCAAGAUCUACAGUUUCAUGGCUACGAACACGCGGUGUGAAGGUCACCGUGUACAAAGGAGAUGUCGCCAAUCACACCGAUGUACAAAACUGCAUCAGCAAGAUUCAGAAUCUGGGGGGCGUGAUUCAUGCUGCCAUGAUUUUGGCCGACGCUCCGCUGCAGAGCAUGACUUAUUCUCAAUGGCACAAAUGCGUUCAACCCAAAGUGCAUGGAGCGUAUAACCUGCAUAACGCGACAAUGGGUAUCCCGCUCGAUUUCUUUGUAUGCUUCUCCUCUAUUUCCGCAUUUUUCGGCGGUAAGGCGCAGGCGAAUUAUGCUGGUGCGAAUGCCUGUCUAGACAGCCUGAUGGGCUAUCGCCGACAGCUUGGCCUACCUGCUUCCACUAUGAACUGUGGGCGCAUAACUGGGCAUGGCGUUGCAGCUGAAGAUGCGGCGCUGGAACGAUUCAUGGAGGAUCAAGGCUAUGAAGGGGUUAACCGUCAGGAGCUACUCUACCAAGUAGAGAAUGCCAUCUUCCCACAUGUCCCCUCGCAAGUCUCUCCAAGUGGACUUGACUUGUACCAGACCCUGACAGGUGUCACUCUUGCGCGUGACGAUGUCUUUUGGGCCAAAAGAUCCAUCUUCAAAAAUCUAUAUCGCAACCAUGACUUCAACGCGCAAUCCGGCCAGCGAGGAGCUGGGGGAGAAAUCAGUCUGUUGGCUGUAUUUAAGCAGGUCACAGAUCCUCAGGAGCGGUUCGAUCUCAUUCUGGAGCGAUUUGUCAACAAGCUCUCCGUUCUACUUGGUCUGUCGCCCGAAUCACUCAAGCCGGCAGAUCCAGUUUAUGGACUAGACUCAUUAGUGGCCAUCGAGCUGCGCAACUGGUUCACUAAGGCCUUGGGAGUCGACAUAGCUUUGUUUGAUGUGCUUGCAGCCCCAUCUAUCAGAGCCUUGGUAGAGAAAUGCGUGACUUUGUUUGGUACGCAAGAACUUAAGGCUCCUCGGUCAGGGCCACAGAAUACCAAUGCUUCCUCACCACAAGUUAGCGCUACGCCGCAAGAUAGAGCAUCUCUGAACUUCCCGAAAGCCGACUUGUCGCAGCCACUCCCCCUUGUCCACCUUUCAGACCCGCUUAUGGUUCUCUCACAUGCUCGCUGCAGACAAGUCGCUACUGAAUCUUCCAAUUGUUAUGCACCUUCAUGGGCAGCCUGA